AUGGAGCCCUUUCCUCCACCCAUCGAUCCGUUGGAGUUUAAGGAUGCCUUUCUAGGCCCGCAAGUCCAAAUCAAUGAACUGCCAGCCUCAAACCGAAUGUCUAGUGGAGGGCCCCAGAAUCCAAUCUCGAAUCUUCGCCGUGCCAAUACUGUAGCCCAGGGCGGCAAUAUCAAGCGGAACCUAGAGUUGAAGGCAGCGCGCGAGAGAACAGCAACUGGGAUAAAUGCUAAGGAUAGCCAUGAGCUCCUACGACAGAACAAACUACAGCGGUCCCAAACACAUCGUGGCCCACUAGAGGCGCGUACACCCGGGAGGAAGGCUGGCCAUUUCACCGUAAGAAGUGUCGGCCAAAAUGGCAAAAUCUUUCUCAGGCCGAUUGCCAAUCCGUCCCAGAAAAGCCCACAGCCUGCAUCCUUCUCUCCAGUGGAUACCGCGAAACCCAGUCUCCUUCAGCCGCAGGACCCAGAUCCGUCCAGGUGGUCGAGCUCGCAGCUCUCUGAGUUACGCCCGCGCGCACAGCCCGAAGAUCCCGAGCCCGUCCUCGCCGUGCCUCCCCCCGAAUUCUCGAGCCAGCACCGCACGAGACCGAUCUCGUUUUCGACAAUAUCGGAGCAGCAAUUGAUAGCCGGUGCUGGGAAACGUGGGGAGCUGCGGAUCGUGAUUGAUAGAUCUGAAGACCGCCCUAAGUCGGCACGGGAGAAUUCGACACCAGGCUUAGAGGUCCCUAUUCCGCGUUAUCGGCUCGGGUCGCCGCAAUUCAACGCCGAAGGCAGUGCAACGAUGCAAAGUUCUGUCUACACGCGAACCUCGAUGUCGGACAAUUUUCGGAAUUCAACCCUGCUUGGGGGCAUGGCUGACCCUCUGCCGGGACUCCAUAGUCCAUACCCCCGAGACUCUUUCUCGCGGCAUCGCCCGUCUUUUGCGAUUUCGAUGUUCUCGGGCACCGCGGCGGCUAUGGAUAUGAACCGAGCUUCACCAGCGCCGAGGAAUUCCAUGGUCUAUGAAUUGAAAGAGCCUGUUGAGCCAUCCAUCUACGAAACGCUGGUGUAUGAUAUGGAUGACGGGUCUGUAGUCCGAUACAUUACUGGGACAAAGGAUAUCAGUGCUGCCACACCUGCCCGAAUCGUUGCGCAAAUCUCCUCCGAGUCAUUCAUGGACUAUGAGCUAGUAUCGGACUUCUUCCUUACCUUCCGUUCAUACCUAUCCACAACACACCUUUUGGCUCUUCUUCUUGCGCGGCUAAAGUGGGCAAUCAACCGGCUACAAGAUGAUGGACGCAUUAUUAGGAUUCGCACAUUUGCGGCUUUGCGACAUUGGAUUCUCAAUUAUUACGUUGAUGACUUCGUUACGAAUUACGAGCUUCGGACCCACUUCUGCGAGACCAUCAACAACCUAUAUUCAGAGGUCAGGUCUCGACAAAAUGGCGGCACGAGUGAUCGAAAGAUUCUUAUUGACUUGAAGCGUUGCUGGAAUGGCAAGUGUUCGGUUUAUUGGUCUUCCCCCGACUUGUCUCGCGCCUAUAACGACCCGGAAAUCUCAAUUGUACCUGGAGAUCCCCAGAUCGAGUUACCUAAAGCUGAGGAACUGCAGCAGAACGUCCCUGCUUAUGGCAUGAUGCCCCGUGCAGACACCACCUUUCGCGAAAGUCUUCCUUUCCCCAUCCAACAUGAUCGAAAUGACUCUGCAGCAACCACACAAAGCAUUCCAUUCUCUGCCAAAAGCGAACAAAGCUUGAUGGCGCUUUCGUGUUCAUUACCACCGAAACCCCCCAGGCGCUUGUCGAUGUCUGCCUCGAAAGGCAAGGCGCCCCGCCCUGUGGUAUUGGGUCUCACAAAGUCCAAGUCCCCGUCCAGGACUCAUGAACCACCUAGGUCACCCGUAUCUCCCAUGGUCUCGCGGCACCCGUACCACAGCCAUAGCCAUAAAAGAAGCGGAAGCUUCUCAGACUCGGCGCGAGAUGAUCGACUGCCGAUGUUUGCGAUGGAGCCCGAAACGGGACCCACACCACAGGAGAUGCUCGAUCCGGGCAGUUUAAUACGUGGAGAGAUGUACCCUCCUGCAGAGUCGUACAUGACAAUGAUGGCACCGGAAUCGCCGCCCCUUCCUCCGCCGUUGAAGAACCCAAAUCCGGAUCGUCGGAGUACACCCGACGUGCCCAAGUCGUCACCUAACUCGGGCAUGAGAACAAUCAUUGGCUCAAUCAAACGAGCAUUGCACACGAGGAACGGUGGGCAGAGCGUCUCUGCUCGCAUUGUGAAUGCCCACGAGGCCAUUUCAUUGCCUUCCCGCGGGAAGACAUCCGCAAUGCCAACUGGACUCGCUUUCGGCUCUGAGUUCUACCGGGAGAGGAAGAUGGCUGCUAUUCCCAGAUAUCCAGGUCGGAUUGAUGUACUGUGUGAUGAAGUCCUCAAACAAUACCGCUUGGCCAUGAACCAGGAAGGAACGAAAGACGAAACUCAGCCGCCAGCUGCACCUGACUUUCAUCGAGCGACCCUACAGGAGCCUGCAUCCAACACUUCUAAUCUGCAAACCCCCAAUUCCGACCCCAAACUCAGGAGCGGUAUCACCAUGGGCAGCGAAUCAAUCAUCAUUGUGGAUGAUACCGGUUUCGAAAUGCCCUUUAUGUCAGGGGCAGCACAGGAACCAAUGCCAAUUGCUGAUGAUAAUACUCACGAAACGCCGGAACUCGAAGUGCCCGAUGAUGCCUCAACGCAAUCGAUACCCGUGGAAGGAGAAUAUCUUCAACCGGUCUGCUAUAAUGCCGACGAACCAGAAUCAGCUGCUCAGUCAAACGUAUUCUGGCCCCUUCGCCCUCUCACGCCGCAGAGAUCGUCAUCAGUCGAACGCGGGUCGACGCCUACGAAAAAGAAGAAGAAUUCUCUAUCCCUCGGACUCAGAAAGUACGCGUCCUUCCAAAGCGGGAUCUCGAGACAACGAUUUUCGAUGAGCAGCGAGACUGCCCAAUCCACUGUCGACUCCAAUACGAUGCAAGAUCAGAACAACAAACAGUCAGGGCCGAUUCUGCGCAGGCGCCGAGGUGGAAACCUCCGUCAAAUGCAGACUGGAGAUGAGACCGAGCCUCCUUCCUGUUGUGACUCCUUUGCAUCUUGGGAUGACUCAGUUGUGGACGAAACGGCCCCCUCUGAUGGCGGCGUCUCAAGACCUCCUUCAACGUUGAUCCCUCCAAAUCCCCGCUACUCACUUAUUCAGCCCCGCACUUCCCGGCAAAUUAGGCGUUCCUUUGAGUCGGUAAUUGCGAAGUUUGCACAGAUUCCUGAUGACGACGACGGUGGUAUUGAGUCAACGCUGUUGAAGCUGGAGGGAAAGUGGGAUGGACCACCCAGCGCUGAUCGAGACUCUUCGUCAGCACAAGUAGAGGGGUCUCACCCUCACCGAGAGCAACCUUUGGUUCCGCACGACGUCGAAACGGCCAGGCCUGAGUGGGAUGUUCUCUCUCGCAGGCGACAGACAGACAAGUCCGCGUAUUCUACGGUUGGGGGUCGAUUGGCGCCACCUAGACCUUAUUCUGAUUCUGUUGCCGAAUCCGAAGAGUCUUAUAACUCUAUCCCACUUCUUGAAAGAGGAUUGACCGACGAGUCCAUGAAAUGGCAGCCUACAAGCCAGCCACUCCAAUACGACCCGCAUAGUGCUCCGCUCACCCUCGUAUCAAGCCAUGGAACUUCUGAACUUGCCUCGUCACACCCCUCAAUUCAAAUUGUGCACGAAACCGACAGCAUGCGUCGGAUUCCUCGCGGCGCAACCAUUCCCGCCUCGGCUAACCAUGGUGCUGGCCAGGUUACUCCGAAGCGCCUCUCAGGUCUGUCUUCUGAGAUGUCGGUCGACCUGAUUGAUCCGCAUGAAGCUAUGGGUGCAGGGAUUUCGACAGACACCCGCAGCCUGAGUUCAUCAACAGUUGAGAUCCCGUCUCAUCCUCUAGCGCAACCUCCCUCCCCGCCGAUGACCAUCCAACAUCCGGGAUCUUUCACUUCCUAUCCUUCGCCGUUGAAUACAGUCUUGUUCCAGGCCCAGCCCCUUACGCCCGACACAUCCCCGCGACACAAAGAAGUGGGCAAUUCUGCUUCGCGUCCUCUAAACAUACAGCAGGUUUCGAGUGACGUGUUAUUCAAUUCAGAAAACAAUCGUCCCGACCAGAACCCCAUCAUCAACCUUUUACCCGACCAUGUCCCCUUCAUCCUAGCAUGCGAAUCCCAGGUCCUCGCACACCAACUGACAUUGAUCGAAAUGGCCGCCCUGAGCGAAGUCGACUGGCGAGAUCUGGUCGAGAUGAAAUGGAGCAAUGCCUGCCCAUUAGUCACAAACUGGGUCCAGUUCCUGACAAGCGAGGAACGCAAGGGUAUCGAUUUGGUCGUCGGCCGCUUCAACCUUAUGGUCAAAUGGAUCCUGUCGGAGAUUGUCUUGACCCGUGACAUCAACGAGCGGGCCCGCACAAUUAUCAAGUAUAUCCAUACAGCUGCGCAUGCACGCCGCAUCUGCAAUUAUGCCACGAUGCUCCAGAUCGCCAUUGCUUUGUCUUCGUCUGAUUGCUCCCGGCUGCACAGUACGUGGCAGUUGAUUUCGAUUGAGGAUAAGCGGCUGUUCAAGGAUAUGGAGUGCCUAAUUCAGCCGGUGCGCAAUUUCAAUGAUCUACGUGUGGAGAUGGAGACGGCCAACUUGCAAGAAGGCUGCAUUCCAUUCAUCGGCCUAUACGUCCACGACCUCACUUAUAAUGCACAGAAGCCCGCGCAAGUUAACAACACUAAUGGCGGUCUGCUUGUCAACUUCGAGCGCUAUCGCACCGCAGCACGAAUCGUUAAGAGCCUCCUCCGUCUCAUCGACGCCAGUACAAAAUAUAAGUUUGAGCCCGUGCAGGGCAUCAUCGAACGGUGCUUGUGGAUUGCUUGUCUCCCCGAAGACGAAAUCCAAUCCCGCAGCAAAGCACUUGAAUAA